AGUGAUUCGGCUAUUGAUUGUAGUUGAGGUGUAACACAUCGUCGGCGGUACAUACAUCACCUGAAGACCACUAUGGAACCCCGUUUUGUAUUUACCCUUCUUGUAGCAUGUUUCAUCACUGAUACUUGCCAAGGGAACACAUGCUAUUUCCAGAAGACACUUUACAAAUGGGGAAGCACAAAAGUUGGAUGGUGGGGCAGAAAAAGUGUAAGAAGGGUUUACUAUUCACAAGGUUCACGCUGUUGUACUGGGUACACCGGGCCAUCUUGUAGAACUCCUAUUUGCAAUCCUCCUUGUAUUGGUGGUACCUGUGUGUCACCUAAUAGGUGUCAAUGCGACAACGCUCAUACAGGAAGUACCUGUCAAACAGUUGUAUGUUCUCACCUGAAACCUUGCUUCCCCGGGGUUUGCACGUAUCCUCACAACUGUAGAUGUCAGUCUGGUUUCACGGGCACCACUUGUCUAACAUUGCAAGCUUCUCAAACACCACAUCUCCUUCGCACCAGCACAUACCUCGUCAAUCAGGAAAGGACGAGUGGUAAAGUGUUCGCCAGAUUCCUGUCCGAUUCCACAGCACCAAACACUAGUUAUACAGAUACAAUUUGGUUGAUGAAGCAUGAUUUCAAUAUCAUCAACAUCUACUUCGAAUCAAUGUACAAUCAUCCCUUGCUGGAAGAGAACGGCAAUUACAUUGAAAAUUCCAGCUUUGGGAUAGUUGACGGGCGAGCUCGUUUGACACUUACAAAAAUUCAGCACCAAGGAUCCUCUACGUCAUAUAGCCACCAAAAGAACUACACCUGUCCACACAACCCCAAUACAGCUAAACCUCAAGAAGGUGUCUUUAAAUGCAACAUAACUGAUACUGAUUUUGACUGGUUGUUAGAAAAUGGAGAUAUUAUGGUGGCUACGGUAUCAACACAGAGUGGGGGAUUCCGAGCUCUCCGGUUUCUAGAUACACACUACCGAAACGACUUAUAUAAAACUCAGACGGCAACAAAACACAUGCAGUUCAUGUUCGACUACCACCCACCUUACCACUGUUUGGAAACGAAAACAUGUUCAAGACAACAACAGCCGCUUUUAAUUAGUAAUGAUAUAUCAAAGGGACCUGUAACCAUAUCAUGGGACGGAUGGAAUGACACUUUAUCGGGUGUCCACAUCUACACUGUACAGGUGUAUCCUUUAAAACCAGACAGAACAGGCGACCUGACCGAGGUCAAUCCCAGCAGCCCUAUCUACUACUUGACUAAUUUGACUAUAACCUCGAACCUAACAUACCUACCACCUUCUUCUGGAAUGUAUUCCGUUCUGUUGGAGGUAGGAGAUAAAGCUAACAACACCAAGUACAGCCGGAGGACGCUGCUGUUUGACAACGAAUCUAACGUCACCAUGACAGCCAAUCCUAUAACGGUAGAGGGCGCUGUAGGAAACACAAACAGUAGCUGGAUAGAUAAUUUAGACGAACUGGUAGUCGUAAACUGGCAUGGUCAUUUUGAAAACAAAAUACAUGAAGAUUUCCAUCUUCUGAAUGCUGUUGCAACAUUCAAACCGCAGACGAUAAUGCACUUCCGUCAUAAGAACGUGUCCUCAGUCUUGGAUGAUCAUGAAGGAAAACGUACACUUAAGAAAAUAGCUAACAAAAAUGGAAUAACAAAAGUACAAAUAACUCAUAAUCUCAAAGGUCAUGGGGGGCUUCGACCUUGGACAAAUGCGGCUGGCUUUCUGACCGAGAAGGCGACCCUAAACAUUUCACGUUUGGACGGUGACACUAUACAGAUAUCAGUAAAGGCCUUUGAUGUGAUGGGGAACAGUGCCACGCAGUCCAUAUUCAUGAAUGUUGACUCAACAUCACCACAUGUGGAGAAACCUACAUUAAACUCGAAUGUUAAAAAUGGGACAUUUCCGUUCUCAAGUGGAGUUCAAUUUCUGGCAUACGAUGGACAAAGUGGGAUAACGAUGUUUAAAUGGAAGAUCAAACCAAACGAUUCGGACGAAAUAUUUCACGAGGGUCAAUCAGAGGGAAACAUAACAGGGAAUCGGCCUUCCAAGCAAGAGGGGGAAUGUAGUUCUGCAGGAGGCUGUUUCUAUUACCUUCACCAGUUUGAGAUAAACAACUGCUGGCUGAUGGUACCCAAAGAUAAACUGGAGACCCAGGUCAUUGAUAUUCACAUUGACGUUUUCAACCUGGCAAUGCUCAAUUCAUCCGUCUCUCUGCAGAUAAACCAUUUGCCUUUAUUUGAUGGUAUAGAGGAAUAUUACGGACCAACGGACCUUAUUGUUUCCGGAACGACGUCUAGCAGUGUAAACUUCCAGUGGCAUCUGGGACCGAGCUGUUACGUCAGAACGGAUAUACUUCUCAUGUACAACGUGUCUGGACAGACACGAGAAAUGCAUGUGCAAAAGGACUCGGAAUACUACACGCUUGGAAAUCUAGAUCCAGAAACUGCGUACACCGCCCAUUUUGUCGUUGAGUACGGGGAUGAGAAAAGUGACCCCGUACAUAUCACAUUUACUACAGGAGAACGUGAAGGCUUAUCAGUUGGAAUAAUUGCUGCAAUUUCUGUAGUAAUCGUGAUCCUCGUUAGCCUACUUAUCGCUGGUAUAGUGCUCUGGAGAACGGGGAGGCUCAGCCGCUACAAGGAGUCCAUCUACGGGCACAUCCAACGGCGGACAAUCAAGCACCGGCGGUCAAACAGCUACUCUGAUUCGAAAAACGUCAAUCAAGUAAAAGAACGGAAGUCAUUCGCGAACCUGGCUUAUUCGGAUGUCGGUGACGACGAUGUAUACUUGUAUGGUCAAAUGGUGUUUAAUGAGGACCAAGCGUGGGAGGUACAUCACGACCAAAUAUCCUUAGUCGAGAAAAUGAACAUAGGACGGUUUGCCGACAUUUUCAAAGCUUCUCAAAACUCCAAAAAGAACAAUAGGAAGAUCCUUGUUGCAAAGGUGCUGAAAGAGUCACAUACAGAGAUAGACGAAAUGGUGAUGACCGCCAAGAUCAACUUCUUUGCGACAAAGAUUGGUUCCCAUCCCAACGUUAUUAAAUUUGCUGGUGCCGUUCUUGACAACAAACCACUCGGUCCUUUCAUGCUGUUGGAGUUGUGUGAGGCAGGUGUGAUGAGGACUUGGCUGCAAAAUCAACGAACAAAGAUAACCGACAGUGUCGUAGAUACCUUGUAUCGUAUGACCUUUGACAUCGCUAGGGGAAUGGACUACCUUGCUUCUAAAAAGAUAAUUCAUCGUCAUCUGGCAGCCAGAAAUAUUCUCCUGACAUCGUCACUUGAAGCAAAGGUAGCAGGAUUUGGACCGACAAAGGAAACUGAGCAACAAGAUGGCGACAAUGGAAAGGGAAAGGUGGCGAUCAAGUGGAUGGCCCCGGAGUGUAUGACUUCCGUGAAGGACGCUACAAUGCCGAGUGAUGUGUGGUCCUAUGGAAUCGUAAUGUGGGAAAUAUUCAGUCUGGGUGAAACACCGUAUCCCGGGAUAAGAAGUAUGGAAGUGGCCACCAAGGUUUCCAAUGGAUACCGUAUGAGCCGUCCUGAAUAUUGUGCAGACAUGCAUUAUGACUUGAUGAAGAAAUGCUGGAACAGAAAACUGUCUUCACGGCCAACGUUCUCCGCCAUUGUUCAAGAGAUCAGCAACACCUUUAGCUCUAGUCCGGACGAUUACUACUAUACCACCUAGUGACCACACUGAUUGAGCGCUGUAACGUCACUAAGUGACCAUUAAGACUGAUACUAAAAUCAAAGCCAGAUCAGAUACCAGGAAAAGGUUCAACGUGAAUCUAUUUCCCUAAAUGUGUGACAUUUUUGUAUUUAGUUAGGUUUUCGUAAUCAAAUGUAUAAUCCGACAAUAAUUAGCACACAAAUACUUGCAAUGUUUGAGCCGAUUUGAAAUGAAAUGUCAGUUACAAAUGUAGGAAAUUGAUUUUGAUAAUUCGUUGAAGACAAUGCAUCUUUAAACAACAAGAAAGCACUCACACAUAGUUGAUCUACUGUUGUUUGUUAAAAUGCAUCAUAAACAAUAAAAGCGUAAUAUUGAACAGUUUUAACUUGCAGAACUAAAGUUUCUUCGAGCAGCAUUGGGUCUCUGUGUACGGCUACCAAAUAUAUGACCGUUCAAGUUAGUCUGAACUCUGUUGCGUUCAUGCAGAUUCCUAAAAGAAGUGAUUAUGGCAUGUGGCCAUUAACAUGUUAGCCAUAGUUCCUCAUCAACGACUCAUCAUAAGCAAUCUGAUUACUUAGCUUUUCGAAGACAGAAUCGUUCAUCAUAGAUUUUCCAACAUAGUCCCCCAAAUUGUUUUGAUGCCAUUUUGACAAUCGACAUGUACUUUUAUAUUUCUUGCCCCUAUCAUGUCUUUGAGAAUUAAUAGCUGAAUAUUAUUAAUGCGUCUGUUCAUUAUUUAGUAGACUCUAACAUGUUCUUUGACCUCGUGUAGUAACUAAGUGAUUUAGUACAAAACCUUUAAUAAAGUCUAUGC